AUGGGCACUGCAGAAUCGUCUCAAUCGUCCGAAAUGGGCGUUAUUGCCGGACUCACAAAUCAAUCAGCGUUUCAUCAACAAUCACCUAAUGUUGCUCGACUAAUACGCAGUGAAACUUCAUCGAAAAUGGAAUACGAAUUUCCUAUAACUGACGUUCCACCUACUAGUCCCUCACACCAUCACCACGGUGGUGGUGGCGGCGGCGGCGGUACCGUGAAUCAUUCGCUAAAUCAUACUCGCCUCGAUCAGACUUAUUCACACCCUACAAGUACACUAACAUCUCCACAACUCAUCAGUCACAAUAGCCAACUCUUAGCUAAUACUGACAAUAUGACACAUCCGAAAAUUCAUUCAAAUCAAACGUCAAGUCUUUGGAUAACAUUAACUAGUUGUUUUGGUUGUCGUACACGUAAUUCAAAUGAUGCAUCAACAAAUUCUUUACGUGAUAAAGUCCAUGCUAUACGCAUUGUUCGUGCAUCGAAUGAUCUCACACCCGCAGUUUUCGACUCGCAUUACAAUAUUAUUACUCUUGAACAAUUACGUGAAUGCGAUAAUAAUGGAGGUAGUACGGUUAGCUCAUUACCAAAUGACUUGUCCGAUCCGUUACCAUCGCAAAAUUCCGAUGCUAAUUCAUCGAAUCAAAAUGGCAACGGCUCAGUAACGGCAGCAUCUUCAGCUGCAGCCAAAAAAAACAGUAAUACUCGAUUGAAGAAGAAGAAGAAAAAACGAACAGUACAAUCGACUUAUGCAUCUCAAGGCAUAAAUUCCGACGAUGACGAUGAUAGAUCUGGACGGACAAUCAACGUGGAAUUACCGAAUCUCAACAGAUUAGAUACAAAAGGAACGAUAUUAAUGCAACAUGUCUGUAAACUUUACUGCUGGGAGUUGAUCGACAGCAAAUGUUUGCGCUAUUAUCAAAGAAUGAUAAUCAACGUGUCAGCAUGUCUACCAAGAAAUUUUGUGAACAUCUCGGACAUUGGAGUCUCCUUUUACUGCUACUUGGAUUUAUCGAGAUCUCGUCUGGACAAUACUGGAAGUAAAUUGUUCCAAAUAAAAUCUAAACCAUGCACUUUCAAUGACGCCGAGCAAUCAUAUCGACUUCCUGACAAAAACACAAAUUAUGAGUUCACCUGA